AUGCACUCUCUCCUGCCUAUCCUCUUGGCCAGCUCCGUGGUGAGCGCCAGCCCCUAUCAUCAUGCCAGCAGAGAGCUCUUCGCAGAUCUGCGCAACACACCUGUCCUCGCAACAAGAUCAACAUCCCUACUAGGAGACCUCCUAGACGAGGCAACCAGCACACUCAGCGCAGUCGGCGCCGAGAUCUCCUCCAUCCUCACAGGCCUCCUGGAUGCCCUGGCGGACGGGGGCGACUACAACGCCCCCGGUGACAUCGACUCGCCCGAGUGCGCAGCAGACACCUGCUGCAAGUGGAGCCACAUCAUGGACGACAUCCGCGGGAGCUUCUCAGACGGAGACGGGUGCUCCGCGGCGGCCCGGGGCGCGAUCCGCCUGGGCUUCCACGACGCCGCGGCCUGGCAGUCGUCGCUGCCGAGCGGCGGCGCCGACGGCAGCGUGGUCCUCAACGCGGAGGAGCUCGGCCGCAUCGAGAACCGCGGGCUGCAGGGCAUCGCCGCGCAGACGCAGGCGUGGUUCGACCAGUACAAGCAGUACAACAUCACCAUGGCCGACCUGAUCCAGAUGAACGCCAUCGCCGCCACGGCCGCGUGCCCCGGUGGCCCGCGCAUCAAGGCCUACGUCGGGCGCGUCGACAACAAUGCGCUGCCGCCUGCGGGUCUUAUCCCCAGCCCCUUUGCCGACGCGCAGACCAACAUCGCGCUGUUUGAGGCCAAGACGUUCACUGCUGGCGACCUGGUUGCCCUUAUCGGUGCGCACACCGUCAGCCAGCAGCAGAAUGUCGACCCGUCGCAGGCAGGCAAGAGCCAGGACACCACGGACGGUAUCUGGGACAACAACUACUACGGCGAGACGGCUAGCCCUGAUACUCCUGAUGGAGUGUUCAAGUUCCAGAGCGACAUCAGCCUCGCCAACGACUCCGAGACUUCCGGGACGUGGCAGACGUUUGCAAAGGACCAGGGAGCUUGGGAGGCGGCAUAUGCACCUGCAUACUUUAGGAUGAGCUUGUUGGGUGUGAAUAACCUGAAUGAUUUGACGGACUGCUCUAAAGUUAUCUAG